AGAUUUUCCAUUGGUCCGCCAAAAUCCCCUUAAAAAAAUGUCUUGCCCUUUAUUGUGAGCGAAGGUACUCUGUUUGCAGUGCCAGUGGUACAAUGUAGAAAGUCAGCCUUCUAACUUAGGUGCAUGCAGUUCGUUCUUAUGGGAAAUGGUUGCCAGUUCUAGGCGUUUAGUUAGUCGGCGGUGCUUUAAAUAAGUUCAUUCUACCUCAAUCCUUCAUUAAUUUUGUGCGCUUCAUUUACGAACUGAAAGACUCGCAGUUGGCCCAAGAUCAAUUACAAGAAACGAACGUGUAAUGAGCUUGGGCUGCCUGUGAACGACUGAAACAGGCGGGAGACGGUCAUUUGUUUCUAAUCGACCAGGUAGUCCCUAAAAAAACUUAUCAAUUUAUGUUUUAAAAUCUAGCAUCUGAGUAAAGAGUGGAAAGUAUGUUCAGUGAGUGCGAUUUCGCGACAGCUGCCAUGCGUCAAAAAUCUUUAACCAUCAGUAAAGUUUGUGGGUCUCAAACAAUUUUCUUUUUUCUCCCUCAGCCCCUUUCCCCCUAUGCUUGCUACGUCCUUCAUUCCACACAUCCGCCUGAUCCCUCUCGACUCGUCUAUUGCUUCAUCCGCUUUUUACCCGCAAUUUCCUCCAGAUUUUAGUAUUAUAGGGCAUUGCGUGACCCUUAUUCGUGUCACGGAGCUUACGUAAUUAAUGCUUUGCGUAGCUGAGGGGUCUAGGCGGUUCUCACUUAAUUUUUGCGACCACCAUGGGUCACAAAGAGAGCGACAAUGAUUCGGCUGCAACUGUAGAUAAAGAAGACACGCUAGAGAAGAACAGUUUAGUAAGGAUAGUCGUACUUGUAAAUUCGUUCUUGUUCUCGUCAUGUUUUUUCAUGGGUAAAUCUGUUUUCCCGUACAUGGCUAGACGGCUUGGAGCAGAUGUAGUUACCCUGGGUUACCUGAACACACUGUUCUCCUUUGUCCUUCUGUGUGGUGGACCUCUUUAUGGGAGGUUUGGUGAUGUGUUUGGCUCCCGCGCUGCACUGAUGCUCUCUUUUUCUGCAGCUGUUAUUGGCUUUGGUAUUCAAAGCCUGGCAAAUUCUGUACCAAUGUUAUUUUUGUCCCAAAUUCCAUUGGGUUUCAUGCACACAUUUCAGGGUCUACAGAUGGUGAUGACUGACACAUCAGAUAAAGCAGGUAGAGCUGCUGCUUUGGGUAAACUUGGUCUAGCUUUCUCUCUUGGAAUCAUGGCUGGUCCACUCAUUGGUGGCUUUGUAACAGAGAAGUUUGGUGACAAUACAACUGCUUUUUUAGCUUCAAUAUUAUCACUGGUAUCUGUUUUAACAAUACAGAUGUUUUUACCCAAACACACAAAGUCACUGAACAAGCUAGAUGCUGCAGAUUCCAAAAGCCAAGACAAAUCUAUUAUUACAAAAACUUAUGACUUGAUAAGUAUACCACAAGUGUUGUACAUGUUGGUGGCACAAGCAGCUUCUUUAGCGCCGGCAAUAUUGAUCCAGGCCUUAGGUCCAGUUAUAAACAUGGAGUAUUUCAAAAUUGGACCAAAGGAAAAUGGUUUGUUUCUUGCUGGGAUUGGUGCAGCCUCUGCUAUGGUUCAAGGUUUUGGAAUUGGUAUGCUCUUAAAAAGAUUUACUGAAUUUUCCCUUCUAAUUCUGGCUGUUCUUAUUUCUGGAUGUGCCUUUGUUUUGAUGUAUUUUGCCAAACAUAGAUUUUCGUACAUUGUUUCACAAGUGAUCUUGGUAAUAGGAUUCUCCAUAGCACGAACAAUGACAACUUCCAUGGCAACCAAAGCUGUCAGCAGACACGACACUGGGCUACUCUUAGGACUUUGUGCAACAUCUGAAGCACUCAUGAGAACAUUAGCCCCUGGAAUUGGAACUUUUAUGUUGUUACAUUAUGGCUGGGCAUCACUUGGAGCACUGGGAAGUGCUAUUGAGUUUGGCAUGGCUAUUAUACUACUGGCCAAGAAACAAAUUUAAGGCCUGAAUCAAAUAAACAUGAAAAGACAAGCUUUUUUAAACAGAACCGUCCUCCCUAAAGGAUAAUUUUGAUUAUUAACCCUUAAACUCCCAUGUGUGACCAAGACAGAAUUUCUCCUUACAAUACCAAUACCAUGUCAAGUAGACAAGUGAUGAGAAUUAUAUAGAGGGUCAACUUUGUUCCCAAGGUCUCUCUUCCUAGGGAGGGGAAGAGGAGACACCCAAGGGAACAACCCUUUUAAGUGCAAUGAAAUAGUGGACCUCUUUAUUAAAACAAAAAGGAUUUCAGAAGUAACAUGUAGUACUAGGCAAAUUAAAGGUACAAACAUAUUGGAGGAAAGUAUCAUUUUAUUAAUUUAUAUCAAGUGACAUUACUUUUAUUUUACAGAAAGAAAAAAGACUGAUUUUACAGAUGUUGUUUGAUAUUAUAUAACAAUGCUUGUGAGAAGGCAAUAAAUUAAAGAUAU